AUGUUUGACGGCUUUCGCAGUAACGACAAUUUCUUGGUGAUCGAGAUGAAUUGUGCAUUCGAUUGCAUCCUGGGCAUGCCAUGGUUGGCACGCUAUAAGCCCCAGAUCGACUGGCUAGCCAGAUCAGUGAGACGUCGAAGUAAGUUUGACGUCAGCAAAGUGUUCACCCAUCUCUUAGUGUUCUUAAGUGAUUGGCCGAACGUUACAGUCGUGGAUCGUACAUCCACGACCGCGGCGCUCCCGCGUAAUAACGACGCGGAUGAGCAGUGGCUCCCGCACGAAGACGACGCGGUCGAACAGAGGUUCCCUCACGAGAGAGCAGUGGUCGAACACGAAAAGGUGUUUCCACCUGCAACUAUUGUGGUCGAGCAGAGGCUCCCACAAGGGCAAGAUGUGGCCGAGCAGGGGCUCGCCACCGAGUGUGACGUGGAUGGACAAGAUUCCCUACGUGCGAACAUGAUGGUAGAACAGGGGUUCCCAUCAUCGCCCACUGUGGUCGAACAGAGGUUCCCACAUGAGCAAGACUUGGUCGAGCAGGGGCUCCCACACGUGUUUGUGGCAGUCGAGCAGGGGCUCCCGCAUCAUGCAUCGACGGACAAGCAUGUUCUACUCCCGUCGCGCGGUUUCGACAUCCUGGAUGAGGACAUCCAGCGUCUAGAAGGUGCAGAUUUAACAACUGACUGCGGUUCGCCAGCUUCGAGCAUGAACUCGAAGCACGAUGGGGACGCAAGCUACGAGAAAUCAGCGUUGGAAAGUGUCCACGCUCUUGUGUACGUGGACGGGAGUCCACAAAGGCGCCGAUACAUUGAGGUCACGAGUCCACCUCGCGAUGCGUCGUCGAUUACGAGCCUAUCAGGACUCUCCUGGAAGCAUUUUCGACGCAUCCUCAGGGAGGCACGGUGGAACAAGUAUGUCUGGUCAUCAGCGAGAUGA